AUGAGGCUAUGGGGAUCGGAUCAUCGUCCGAUUCUUGCAGAUAUACUCAUAAAGCCAACGAGAAGAUCCAAAAAGUUUAAGUUUGACAAAAGAUGGUUGGAUAAUGAAGAGCUAAGGCAAGUUAUCCUUGAGGGAUGGAAAUCUCCUGAUCUUCCUCUCAAUGCGUCUAUCAUGGAACAUAUCUCCAGCUGCAGGAGAGCCUUGAGUGAAUGGCGAAGGCAAAAUAAUGUCAAUUCGGCAAAACUAGUGGAGGAGCUUAAAGAAAAGGUAGAAGGAUUGUAUGCAGAUGAUAAUGCCACAACUGAGGAAAUUGCAGCAGCCCUAAAAGAACUCUCAGAUGCCCUUAAAGCAGAAGAGAUGUUCUGGAAGCAGAAGAAGGAAAUUGAGGAGGCGUUAGCUCAAGUUCCAACAACGAUCACUGGUGAUAUGAAUGCCAACCUUACAGCCCCGGUCUCUGCAUGGGAAGUCAAAUUAGCGCUUUUUGCCAUGCAUCCAGAGAAGGCCCCAGGACCAGAUGGGAUGACUGCGCUUUUUUACCAGAAAUUCUGGGAUAUAGUAAAAGAGGAUUUAACUCUUAUGGUUAAUAAAUUCCUGUUUGAGGGGGUAAUGGCGAGUGGACUGAAUGAUACAAAUAUAUGUCUUAUCCCGAAGGUAACAAAGCCAAAUGCAAUGGCUCAGUUUAGGCCCAUUAGUCUGUGCAAUGUCAGCUACAAGAUAAUCUCUAAGGUCUUAUGCCAGAGGUUAAAAAAAGUACUACCAGGCUUGAUAUCGGAAACCCAGUCAUCCUUUGUUGCUGGGAGACAGAUUUCAGAUAAUGUUAUGAUGCUUCAGGAAAUGUUCCAUGCAUUGCGAACAAAGCCAAGUGGGCGGAAUAAAAGGAUGGCCAUCAAGACAGACAUGAGCAAAGCAUAUGAUAGGAUGGAGUGGUCCUUUAUUGAAGCUGUCCUGCGUAAGAUGGGAUUUUCAGAGACUUGGAUCAGCUGGGUCAUGCGAUGCAUUACAUCGGUGAAAUAUAAAGUUCUCAUGAAUGGAGAGCCAAGAGGGAAUAUUACUCCAGAAAUAAUGAAAGUAGUCAGAAGAUAUGGCAAAGCAUCUGGUCAAUGUAUCAACUUUGAUAAAUCGUCCUUACUCUUCGGUAAGCGGAUUAAUGCAACCACUAGACAAGAGAUCAAAGAUGCACUUGGGAUACAGAAUGAAGGUGAAAUGGGAACAUACUUGGGCAUCCCCGAAGACAUAAGCAGAUCUAAAUGCAAACUUUUUGCAUUCCUGAAAGAUAAGCUGAUGCAUAGAGUGAAUGGAUGGACAGGUAGAUGGCUCUCAAAAGGUGGAAAGGAAGUGUUGAUUAAAUCCAUCCUGCUUGCUCUCCCGACAUACGUCAUGUCGAAUUUCCUGCUCCCAUUGGAGAUAUGCGAAAAUUUAGCCAAUGCCAUCGCCCAAUUCUGGUGGAGCUCGAAUCCACCAAAGAGAGGUAUACACUGGGCAAAAUGGGAAAAAGUGUGUCUACCAAGAGAGGAGGGUGGAAUUGGCUUCCGAAUGAUUCAUGAGUUCAAUCUGGCGCUUCUGGCUAAACAACUAUGGAGACUAGUACAGUUCCCUGAUUCUCUUGUCGCUCGAGUUUUACGGGGAAGAUAUUAUAGAUUGAGUUCUCCCUUGAGAGCAAAUGCUGUGACCAGCCCAUCCUAUGUGUGGACUAGCAUUUCUGCUGCAAGAAAAUUGCUAUUACUGGGCAUUAGACAGAAGAUUCAUUCAGGCUAUGAAGUUAAGGUAUGGGAGGAUCCAUGGAUCCCAUCGACCCCCGCGAGGCCAGCUGUCCCCAUAGCGCUUGUGAUGCAUCCUAAUAUGAGAGUAAGCGAUCUUAUUGACCAGGGAGUAAAGGAAUGGGAUGUGGGACUAUUGGAGAAUUAUGUUCAUCCUGAGGAUAUACCAUUCAUAAGGAGCUUGGCAAUAAGUUCAACUCAUCGUCGUGAUACCUUCUGUUGGGACUUUAUAAGAAAUGGCCAAUACACGGUCAAAUCUGGAUAUUGGGUGGCUCAGAAUUUAUUAAAGGUAGCGGAAGAAAAGGAUGUUUUAGAGCCAUACAAAGCUCCAAGCCUUUGCGUGGAAAUUGAAGGCUCCUACGAAGAUAUAUGUGGAGAAGUGGAGGAGACCGUUACACAUGCAAUUUUUGAAUGCCCACCAGCUCUUCAAGUGUGGUCUCUAUCAUCUACUCCGACAGGCCCAAAUAUUUUUCCGCUUUCGAGCGUCUACGCAAAUAUGGAUUAUCUAUUCUGGAGGAAGAAUAGUAUCAUUGGGCCAGAGCAAGAUAGGGACCCAUAUCCCUGGAUAAUAUGGUACAUUUGGAAAGCUAGGAAUGAAAAGCUCUUCAGGGGAAUAGAUAGAGAUCCAUUGGAUCUAGUUAGACAUGCAGAGAGUGAAUGUCACGCUUGGUUUGAUGCUAAUGAAGUGGUUGUGGCACACGAUAAUAUAAAUGAGGAACCCCAAGUCGUACGCUUGAGAAAUAUUUGCUUGUUAGAUGGAUCUUGGACAUCUUCUGUUAACUUUAGUGGAAGCGGAUGGGCAUGGAUGGAUAGUUCAGGGAACACUCAACUUAUGGGAACAAGGAACCUUCCCCGACGCGAAUCAGCCUUACACUCGGAAGUAGAAGCACUGCGGUGGGCGAUGGAGAGUAUGCUACAAUAUUCGAACUGCCAAAGCUUUGGGACAGACUGUAAGGAACUAAUUGCAAUGGUAAAGGACCCUCAGGCGUGGCCAAGCUUUUCGACAGAAUUGGAAAGGAUAGAGACGCUACAGAUAUGCUUCCCAGCAUUCAAAAUCUCUCACGUUCCACGGACGCACAAUCGGACUGCUGAUUUUUUGGCUAAGAAUGCUAGAUCUUUUCAUAGGGAGUUACAUUUUGUUGGUUGUUCUAUUCCGUUAGCCACUCGUGUUUGA